CGGGAUCUGUCUGAACUGAACUCCGCUCAGUGUUAACUUUGUCAGAUCAGAGACGGAUCUCUAGUUCAGAUAAACAUCUAAAUUAACAUUACAGGGGUUUGACAAAACCAUGUUUAUACAGGCCGAGUGUAUUUACUCACAUGUUUUUAACAAGGCUACACACUGUGACCUACAUUUGAUUUGUACAGAUGUUUGAAUCUUGUAGGCUAAUUAAGAACAGUGUCACUGUUUAUCUUAUUGGUAUAGCUUACAUAUGUUUUUUUUUUUAUCAUUCAUUCUUUCACUUUCACUUUAUUUCUGCAGUGCAUUGAAAUGAGAGAUGAGAGUUCAGUUGAGUGCAUUUUCGAUGUGAAUCUUGCAGCAAAGAGUCGUCAUGCUGUUAAAAACGUCCAGAAUUACCUCUAAACAAAAAUCCAACCUGUUAUUCAUUAAAUGAAAGUUUUCAUUUAAGCCUAUAUGUGUUCUUUAACUUAAAAAAUAUAUAUAUAUUUUUUAAAGAGUAAAUCUAUUCUUGAGAUAAUUCUUCUAUGUUGAAACGGAUGCGAAUAUAUUCGCAACAGAUAACUGAGGUUUGUUCUGGAAACAAGUUAAAUUAAAAGGGAAAUUUCACGUCUUUACAUUAAAAGGUUAAAUGAAAGAUUAUUUGACUUUUGGUGGGUUACAGCACCGGUGUUGAGCCCAUUAUGUAAAGUGACUGUAAGUCUAAAUUACAGUGUUUUCAAUGACUCCUGACACAAAUGUACUUCUCAUACAUGUUGUAUUUAAUUAUCAUUAUAGUGAGGUGCAAAGACAAAAAAAUCAGAGAGCAUCGUGAUCAAUUUUGAGGACCUCUCCCUCAUAAGUGUUACACCGCAGCGGGAAACAUGAACUCCGGUCUGUCCAUGAACUCCAUGAGCAGCUACAUGAGCGCGCCUGGCAUGGCCGGCACCGGCCACAUGAACGCGCAUUAUGUGAACCCGGUCGGAGUCAACCACACCUCGAUGCCCGCUGGGGUAUGCCAGAGCUCCGGGGCGGUGGGGCAGGCUGGAGCCGGGAUAACGGGCCUGGGCGCCGCGCUGCAGCCGAACAUGAGCCCCAUCAGCCCGCCGCCGUACGGGAACAUGCCGGUGAUGAGCCCGGUGUACGGUCAGGCCUGCGGCAUCAGAUCCAGGGAGCCCAAGCCGUACCGGCGGAGCUACACGCACGCCAAGCCGCCGUACUCGUACAUCUCCCUGAUCACCAUGGCCAUCCAGCAGUCCGGCAGCAAAAUGCUGACGUUGAACGAGAUCUACCAGUGGAUCAUGGACCUGUUCCCGUUUUACCGGCAGAACCAGCAGCGGUGGCAGAACUCCAUCCGACACUCGCUCUCCUUUAACGACUGCUUCAUCAAGGUGCCCCGCUUACCGGACAAACCGGGGAAAGGCUCCUUCUGGGCCCUCCACCCAGACUCGGGGAACAUGUUUGAGAACGGCUGCUACCUCCGGCGGCAGAAGCGCUUCAGGAAUCCCGGUAGGCCUACAGGUGACAAGGAGGCGGCGGGGAAGGGCUCGGAGGGCGGCUCGGUUACCACCAGCAGCAGCGGCUCCGACUCCCCGCACUCCUCCUCGUCUUCCCCUCCGUCCUCAGAUGUAAAGGGAGCCGGGGUCGACCUCAAACCGCACCGGGGUGAACAGUUGCCCCCCAGCCCCGUGCGCGUGCCCUCCCCGCUGGCGCACACCCAGCACGUGUUCUCCCACCACCACCACCACCACCCGCUGCUGCUGCACGAGGCCGCACACCUGAAACCUGACCACUACCACCCCCAGCACCACCACCACUACUCCUUCAACCACCCGUUCUCCAUCAACAACCUCAUGUCCGAGCCGCAGCACCACAAACUGGAGCCGGUGGUGCAGUACGGAGGCUACGGCUGCCCGGUGUCCGGGGCGCUGGUGGCGGCCAAAACCGGCCUGGAUCCCGCUCACACCGACACCAACUACUACGUGUACACGAGGCCCAUAAUGAACUCCUGAAACACGCCUGACUUUUUAAAGUGGAAACAUUUAGAAAUGUGAGAAAAGGCCCCUUAACGUGUUUUGUCCGAGGCCUGAAGGAUUUGCAUUUUUUGUUUCUCCACAAUUCAUCAUUUGUCAUGUGUGUGUUUGUAUAUGUGCAACAGAUAAAAGUGUUUAUAUGAAA